AUGAUGUCUACAGCUCUCGUGCUCUUCUUGAUUCUCGUUCCGCUCCACUACUGUGUUCAGCUGGCGGACAUGCCGGAUAUUUUAAAAGACGAAAAGCCGGAGGAGACGAAGAAGUUCCAAAAAUUUGCGAAAAAUCACCACAAGAAGUACGACACGGGCAACGAGGUGAAAAAACGAUUCCAGAUCUGGAAGGAAAAUAUGGAGGAGAUCGAGCGCGAGAAUGAGCACGCGAAAUCGCACGGCUACACCAUCGGUGAGACCAAGUUCACCGAUUUGAGCGCCGAAGAGAAGGCGCAGGCAGGUGGCCUUUGCUUAUACGUAAUGGGCGCCGAAGUGGCCGAUGCUACCACUGAUGGCACUUCGAUGGCGCCGCCGCCGGAGCUCGACAUUGCAGCGUACCCCGGUGAGAGCAAGGAUUGGAGAAACACCCCCUAUAUGCCGCCAGUUCGAGACCAGGGCCGGUGCGGGAGCUGCUAUGCUUUCUCAGCAAUCAACGCCAUCGAGGUGCAAUGGAACAGCCUGGGGCAUGAGGACAACUUCUCCGAGCAGCAAAUCGUCGAUUGCUCUACAGCAAAUCUUGGAUGUGGUGGAGGGUGGCCGGAACGGGUCUUCAACUACUCCUCGGUUACCGGAAACACGGCCCGUGAUUCCUAUCCGUACACUGGCGUCGUCGGAGCGUGCUAUAAUACCUCCAAAACGAAGACCGUGGCAACGUGGUACCAGCUGAAGACCGUGCCCCAGAUGGAGAACUACGUCUACAACUACGGGCCCCUGGCUUUUAGCAUCUACGUCCCGAGCUCCAUCUACCAGUACACCGGCGGAGUGUUCUACCCACCCCAGUCGACCUGCUCGAAGACGAACAACAUCGGAGGGCACGCAAUGGUCAUUGUGGGAUACGACAAGCGGAAGAAGAUGUACUACCUCUUCCAAUUCUUCGCACUGGCCGUGUUCAUGUGUUUGUACAUUUGCGCCCACGCGCGAAGUGUCUAUAAGAUUUUAAAGAAAGGGAAGGAGCGGACGUUGAAACCGAUAAUUCUGUGGGUCAGGUGUACGGUGCUCCUCCUGAUUUGCAUCUCGUUGCUCGUCUCCUACCCGCAAAUGGAGGACCUGAACAAUUGGGAAUUGGGCAUCAUGAAGCAACCGCAGCGCGUCAACUGGUUCCUGGUUGCCGGCAGCUUGCUUGGCACCCUCAUCGUCGCGAUUGCCGCAUUUUUCAUGGACCGCUCGGGCCCGUGGCUGUGCGGCCCGGUGCCCAAACCCAGCUGGUACAACACCUACGACGAGGAUUAUAACGUGAUCGAGCGCACACCACGUUACUACUACUAUACCCCGCCAGGCGUCAUGCAGUGCUAUACGGUGCUAGCGAGCGGCUAUCUACUCUGGGGGGCCAUCCUAACCCAGUUGGUAGUGCUGUGGCUGCACUGCUAUCGGCUAGAGGACCCCCUUAUCGGCUCCUAUCCG